CCCCCGCCGCCGCCGCCCCACCGCACCACCAACUUUUUCAUCGACAACAUCCUGAGGCCGGACUUCGGCUGCAAGAAGGAGCCGCCCGCGCCGGCCGGCGGCGGAGGAGGAGGAGGCAGCCGGGAGCGGGACGGAGACCGGGGGCAGAGCUCAGGUAGAGAAAACGUCAACCCGCUGCUGGCCCGGCCGCCCAACCCGCCCGCCCUCCUCUGCCCGGACUCGAACUGCCGUCCCGACGGCUCCGCGCCGCCGCCGCCGCCCGUCGCCGCCGCCAAAGCCAGUCCCGCCGCGGCGGCAGCGGCGGCGGCGGCGUCGGGGGCGGCCAAGCCCCCCGCCGACGGGGGCGAGACUCACCCGGCCAAGUACGGGGAGCACGGCAGCCCCGCCAUCCUCCUCAUGGGCUCUAAUAAUGGAGGACCUGUUAUAAAGCCCGACUCGCAACAGCCGCUGGUGUGGCCUGCCUGGGUCUACUGCACUAGGUAUUCAGACAGACCGUCCUCGGGCCCCCGCACCAGGAAGCUGAAGAAGAAGAAGACGGAGAAGGAGGACAAGCGGCCGCGGACGGCGUUCACGGCCGAGCAGCUGCAGCGGCUGAAGGCGGAGUUCCAGGCGAACCGGUACAUCACGGAGCAGCGGCGGCAGAGCCUGGCUCAGGAGCUCAGCCUCAACGAGUCCCAGAUCAAGAUCUGGUUCCAGAACAAACGGGCCAAAAUCAAGAAGGCGACGGGCAUCAAGAACGGGCUGGCGCUGCACCUCAUGGCCCAGGGACUCUACAACCACUCCACCACCACGGUGCAGGACAAAGAGGAGAGCGAGUGAGGCGGGCGGCCCCAGCCCAGCCCUGCGCCGCGGCGCCGGCCCGCCGGCCGGGAGGCGGACAGGUGCGAUUUAAAAGCAGAUCUAUUGUCUAUCCAUAGUAUAAGGACUCCGAUUAAGAAAAAAAAAAAUAAAUAUGAACACUUAAGAAAAAAAUAUCUCUAUAUAGCCAAACAGCAUAUGACCUUGUAUAUAUUUAAUUUCAGGUAAGAAAUAUGUGUAGCGAUCUCUAUUUGCUGGACAGUUUCUCUCUUCCCGUUUCUCUUGUUUCUCCUUUCUUUUGUUCGUUUGUUCGUUUUGUUUGCUUUCCUUUUUUUCUUUCCCUCCUUCCCGCCCUCAGAUGUCCGUUGCUCCUGUUUUACAGUAAAUGUCGGACUUUUCUCAUCUGUCGUUUGAUCUUAUUUUAUCUUUUUUGUGUGUGUGAAUUUCUGUCUCUCUCUCUCUCUUUUCUUUUUUUUUCCCGAGGAAAAAAAAAAUUCUGAUCCACAGACUGCGAGACUGAACCCGCCGCUACAAGCCAAAGAUUUUAUUAUGUUCAGAAAUCUGUAGUCUGAAAUAAAGUGUAGACUGUGUUCAGGA